ACAUUGCGGUAAAAAAUAUAGUUACCAGGAAGUUUUUAUAUCAUCUUUUGAAGAAGCAUUGCAAAUAGCAGGAAAAAAUUGUAUUGCUGAUCUGUAUCCUUCAAUUAGAGUAGUGCUUGAAAUGAUGAGUAGAGACAAGUCUAAGCUUGAAGAACUGUAUAUAAAGACUGAUAAGGUAUUACAAGACAUCAUAGAUGAUCAUAGAAAUAGAAAAGGUGGCAAAUGUAAAGAAGAAGAAGGCAGUGAAGAUUUAGUUGAUGUUCUUCUCAAGUUUCAACAAAAAGAUUCUGAAUAUCCCUUAACUGAUGAUAACAUUAAAGCAGUUAUCCAGGACAUAUUUAUUGGUGGUGGAGAAACAUCCUCAGCAGUUGUGGAAUGGGCAAUGGCUGAAAUGAUAAAGAAACCAAAAGUGAUGGAAGCUGCACAAGCUGAAGUUAGAAGAGUUUAUGGUAGCAAAGGGUAUGUGGAUGAAUCACAAUUGCACCAAUUGACAUACCUUAAGUCUAUCAUCAAAGAAACCUUAAGGUUACAUCCAUCUGUGCCGUUGUUAGUUCCAAGAGAGAACAAAGUACCAUGCCAAAUCAAAGGGUACCAAAUUCCAGUCAAUUCUAGAAUUGUUAUCAAUGUUUGGGCAAUUGGAAGAGAUCCAAGGUAUUGGGUUGAUGCCAUGGAAUUUAAGCCUGAGAGGUUUGUUAAUAAUUAUUCAAUUGAUAAUAGAGGCACAAACUUUGAGUUUAUUCCAUUUGGUGGUGGAAGAAGAAUGUGUCCCGGGAUUGCAUUUGCUACACCAAACAUGGAGUUGCCACUUGCUCAACUUCUUUACCAUUUUGAUUGGAAGCUUCCCAAUGGAAUCAAGAAUGAGGAACUUGAUAUGACCGAGUUGUUUAAGAUCACUAUAAGAAGAAAAAAUGAUCUCUGCUUAAUUCCCAUUAUUGUCAAGGAUAUGCAUAAAGAUAACAAUGUAAUCAGCAUUUAGGAUUAUUAGUUACAUAUAGUUAGCCUUGGUGGUCUGGUUAGGUAAUUCUAUUAGUAAUUCUGUUUGGUUCUGUUUUCAUUCUAAGAUUGUGAGUAACCUAUGUAAGCUCUUUAUAAGGUUAAACUUUGCUAUGGUCAAUAACACAAUUUCCAUUUUCUUCUUUACUAA